UGUCAACACAUAAUUUUCCCUCCCUCGGUUACCGUUUAAACAGUUUACAACUUGUUUCAUUUCUUUCCCUCUAAUUUCCCUCAUCUCACUCACACAGUAUAAGUAACCCAUCACCGACCUUUCUCUUGUUCUUCUUCGUCAUCUUAACAAUAUUGGGAACUGAAGAGCCAAUCCAAAUUUGAUGUCAGCAAGAAAGAAGAUCACAUCUCCGCCGCCGGAGCAAGAACUGCCUCCACCGCCUCAACAUCCGCCACCCCGUCCGCGGCAGCCGGCACCACCUGACGAAGUCGCACCACUACCCGACGAUGACAUGUUCGACUUGCUACCCCCUCUGGCUAUCCCGCCGCCGCCGUCUCAACCUAGCCCAGGGCUACCGGUACUGCCGCUGUCCUCACAUUCACUUCCCGUCGACCUUGACUGGUUCGACAAAUACAAAGACGACGAUGGUGAUGACUCCGAUGGCUCACUCCACAACUUUCCGACGAGUCCACAGAGUGUUGAUGGUUUCGGCAUUCUUGAUCGAUACGCAGCUGAAACCAACAACUCCUCCUUCAUAACUUCCCUCAGUCUUGAUGAUUAUUACACUUCUGUACAACUUGCCAGUUUUCACGGCGACGAUCCAAUUCCAAUUCCAUUGUCCCCUUCCGCCAAAUUGGUGGGUGCUGGUGUUCAGAAUCUUGGGUUAACGUGUUUCAUGGGUUCAAUUCUUCAGUGCCUCACCCACACAAUCAACCUGUUCCAGGGUCUCCGUUCUUACACUCAUGAUUGCCAGGAUGAUGCGGGUGAUUUCUGUGUUUUCUGUGCCCUCCGUUCACACAUGGAGUCUUGCUUUACACCUGCCAGAAGUGUGGUUUGGCCUACAUUUCUUGCCGAAAAUUUGAACCAAUUUUCAGCUGGUUUUCGAAGAGACAAGCAGGAGGAUGCACAAGAGUUUAUGAACCGUGCCUUGGAUAAACUGCAAGGUUGCUUUCCAGAAGGACACCCUAAUCUUGUUCAAGAAAUCUUUGGUGGUCGUUGUGUUAGCCGACUUCGAUGCAGUAACUGUGGUCACUGUUCUGAUACAUUUGAAUCGAUUAUUGACCUGAGCUUAGGGAUAGAUGAUAUCAAUACCAUUAAGGAUGCACUGGAUUCAUACUUUAAGGUGGAAAAGAUUGAUGGGAAGUUUACUUGUACUAGCUGCAAGGAAGUUGUAUCCAUGGAGAAGCAGCUUCUGUUGACUAAAACACCUUCAGUUGCGGCAUUGCAUUUGAAGAGAUUUAUGGGAGAUGAGAUGUCUGUUAAAAAGAUCGGAAAUCAUGUUUUUUUCACCCUGGAAUUGGACUUGCAACCUUAUACAUUUGGUGCUGAAAAUGAUAAUGUAGAAUUGAAAUAUGAUCUAUAUGCAGUUGUGGUUCACACUGGAGAUUCACCUAAUUCAGGGCAUUACUUUUGCUUUGUUCGCUCUGCUCCAGACAAGUGGCAUAAGUUCGAUGACUCAAAGGUUACCAGUGUAUCCGGAGAUGAAGUCUUGUCUCAAGAAGCAUACAUCCUGUUUUAUGCACGACAAGGAACACCAUGGUUUUCGAGUAUUAUGGAGGAUGUAAACUCAUCAUAUCAACACUCAGGUUCAGGCAACAAAGGUGAUUGUGGUGGUAAUGAACAAAUGGAAGGUCAACACUCAGAUCAAGACUCAGUUUUAGGCAACAAAGGUGAUAGUGGUAGUGGUGAAGAAACUGCGGUUGAUCCUAUGGAUGCAGAUGGUGAAUGUGUGGGUGACUUGCCUGUUAGGAAAUCCGGAGAAAAAUGCGAUACCACACAUAACCAAGUGCCACCUGAUUAGAAGGGUCAUAUUCAAUAGAAAUUCAUACAAGAGAGGUGGACUUUUGAAGGUUUCCUUCAUAUACGAUUGUUCAUAUCCAUUCUUUGUGUAGUUCUGUUUUGUCAAAACAAUUGUUAAUAUUGAUAGAUACAUUUGUUCAUAUCCAUUAUUUGUUUAGUUCUGUUUUGUACAAAACAAUUGUUAAUAUUGAU